ACAAUGACAACAAUAACAGUGACCACAGAAGUUCCCCCAAAGAAAAAGAUGGAGGAUUCUGCCUUGUAUGAAUCUACGUCAGCUCACAUUAUUGAAGAGACUGAAUAUGUGAAAAAGAUUCGAACUACUCUGGAAAAGAUCAGAAGUCAAAUGUUUAAAGAUGAAGUAAGACAUAACAGUAGGAAUCACAAACUAGAGGCAAAGCCCUGUGGAAACGUUCAAAAUGGCUCCGACUCUGAAGUGGACCCCUCUUGUUGCAGCUUGGAUUUGCUCAUGGAAAAACUGAGAGGAAAAGACCUGCAGCUCUUAGAAGUGAACAAGGAGAAUGAAGUAUUGAAAAUCAAGCUGGAAGCCUCCAGAGAAGCAGGAGCAGCAGUUCUGAGAAAUGUGGCCCAGAAAUUAUUUGAAAACUACCAAGCACAGUCUGAAGACGUGAGAAAGAAGCAUGAGGACAGUCAACAAUUACUCCAGGUUAAUAAGCUUGAAAAAGAACAGAAAUUGAAACAACAUGUUGAAAAUCUGAAUCAAGUCACUGAAAAACUUGAAGAGAAACAUAGUCAGAUCACAGAAUUGGAGAACCUUCUAGAGAGAAUGGAAAAGGAAAAGAGAUCACUGCUAGAAAGAAAACUGUCUUUGGAAACCAAGCUGCUGCAACUCAAAUCCAACACUGCAUAUGCUAAAAGUUGCCAGGAUCUUCAAACAGAGAUUUCCAUUCUCCAGGAGCAGAUCUCUCAUUUGCAGUUUGUGAUUCACUCUCAGCAUCAGAACCUGCGCAGCAUCAUCCAGGAGAUGGAAGGAUUAAAAAACAAUUUAAAAGAACAAGAUAAAAGAAUAGAAAAUCUGAAAGAAAAAGUCAACAUCCUUGAAGCCCAGAAUAAAGAACUAAAAACCAAGGUGGCACUUUGGUCUGAAACUCCUAGGACAAAAGUAUGUAAGGCUGUGUCUACCAGUGAAAUGAAGACUGAAGGCACUUCCCCUUAUGUGAUGUUGAUUAGACUACGGAAAUGA